AUGUAUUUAUGGUGUCAGCUGCGACCAUUCAUAAGGGCUAAGCUGGGUAGAGUACACGAAGCAUCGUGUGUGUUUUGUCAACAUGCUCCCGGACAUCAUGAGAUGAAAGAAGCUUGUACGUCUCUGGAAAGAGUACUUGUUCAGAAUAUUCACAAUGAACUGAUACCUUCUUUAAGAAAUAUUCUGAGCACAGUGCCACGCUGGCGUUUGAUACAAGCUUCCCUUCCUUUUAUUAUGCACGCUGCAUCGAAUCUUUUAAACAAUAAAAAAGAUUUUCAGAAUUUGGGGCCUUUAGAAACAACUCUUUUAUACAUACUUCAUUGGAUUAUACUUGACGCUGCCGAAGAAUGUAUUGACGAUGAAGGAGAAUUGAACAACCCUUUUUAUUACCUUUUUUCAAUACCAACAAUAACAUUGUUCGUUCAUCUAUUUGCACCGUUAUGUAAUUAUUUAAAGGAUAUCGAUUUUAAAGGUAAUCUUCGAUUGGAGAAUGGUCAGAAGAUUUGGUAUCCAAUAUAUGAAUGUCGACAUCCUGAAGCUACGUGUUUUACGGCUCAUUGUAAGCCAAAACCACGAGCUUUAUGGAAAACGACAACAAGAACAGUGCGACCGACACAUGUCUCUGAUGAUAUUUUUGUGGGUAAUAACAAAAGUCCACAAAGUCAGAAUAUAAAUGUGGGAUUUUCUGAUCAAUCUGUAUCAGCCAGUAGAUCACUCGAUGACGACAAUUCUUGGGUAUCAUCGCCAAAGGACAAAAUUUUUCCCGAAACCAUACCAGAGGAAAGUUCCAGUACAGAAGAUGAACAUGUGGUUAUAUUUACUCUUCCUUCUCUCGAUGAGUCUGACAGAAUAUUGGAUGGUGGCGAAGCAAGUAUCUUUCAUGUUGCAAUGGGUAGAACAAGUAGCUCUUCAAAACCAACGUUAACUAUAGAACAAGUAACUGCAAUUUCCGAAUUAGAUACAUGCAGACAAUAUGAAGGAAAGCCAAUUAAUUUAAAAACGGGUGAUACAUCAAAAGAUCAAGACAAAAAUUCUAAAAAAUAUGAAAAAGAAGUUAAAUCAAAUGAUACGAAGUUUACAAAAGAAGUAGAAAGUAAUUCACCUGACGAAGGAUUUAAUUUCGUAUCGGCAAUCGAUAAGGAUGUACAAGCUGCCACAUUUCUGGAUGUUGCUGUUAUAAGAUGCCUAUUUAUUCGUCAAUGGCAAGAAGAGGGAAUUUUUUGGGCUUUACAAUUUUUAUAUAAUCGGUAA